AUGACAGUAUUUUCUGGCAAUGAAUCUUCAGUGAAUCAGCAAAUCAUGUUGGAUCAAAAAGUUGCACAUAACUUCAACAUUUUUCUUAAAAGUUUCCGAAUAAAACCAAGCCAGCUGAAAGAAAAAUUAUACAUCAUACAUGAAGAGAAUGGUGGACUUACAGAUGAGCAGAUUACAGCACUAAGAAGAUAUAUGCCAACACCGAAAGAUGUAGAAAGGUACCAGUCCUUCAGGGGGUCUCCUUCAGAGCUGCACAUAGUUGAUCAGUUUAUGUUAGAGAUGUGUAAAAUCCCACAUUUAGGCCAGAGGUUGGAUCUCCUACUUACCAUACGAGAACUCCCUGUGAGCAUAAAAGAUUUAGAGCCUCUAAUAAACCAGAAAAUCCAAGCAAGUAAGCAGCUGCAAUCCAGCCAGAAAUUUAUAGCUGUCUUGGAGUACAUUUUAGCCAUUGGGAACCUUUUAAAUGAAAAGGCUGGAAAAGAGAAGGCUAGAGGAUUUCGACUGUCGUCUUUGAUGAAAGUAGAAUAUAGAAAUACUGAUUGCUCUGAUAUUGAGAUCCCACAGCUAGAGAAGACAUGA